UGUAAGGUGGAUGCCCAAAACUGUUAGACAAGACAGCCACAAUUCAAAUGCAGUUUCAGAAAUAGUUUCCACACGUCUGAACAUCCAUCUGGGAAAUAUUCUGGCAAUGACGCAGCAAGAUCAGGAGGAAAUCCAAGACGAUAAUAGGGCACCGUUACAAAAACUUCGGGAAUUUGGCUGCUGCUCGAAUGGAAGCAAAAUCUGCCAGGGUAGUGAAAAAAGACAAACCAAAUUGGGAAGACGCAAGCUUAAAGAAGUUCCAAGAAGAGUAGCAUUUAAACGAAUGCUGUGUCGCACAGCUGCUAAAUCUCAUAUUUUUUCUUCUGAUCGUUUUUCCUUCAAGAAUUUGCAGAUAGGACGCUUCUACGUCUCAACUGUUAAUGUUUCGGUAGACACUAGAGUAAACAUUAUCUACAUCAGUCGCUCCAGUGCGGGUAUAUAUUAUAACAUUGGCACCAUGAAAGGACCGAACCGGCAAGAAUUGUACACGUCUUCUAUCAUGAUUCCAUUUGAUUUUAUCAACGGCAUCUAUGCAGACGGCCACGAUCUUUAUAUUCGAUUAAACUCGACCGCAAUAUACGAUUUUUGCCUAUGUGAUGGUGAACUUGUGUAUACUGACGUCACACAAGGAGAGCGAGCUAAUUCCCUUCUGCACCAUCUUGUUCUCAAGGCACGAGCCGAAGAAUUUUGCGCUCAACUUCUCAAAGUAAAUGUCAGAUAUUUCUCCAAACUCAUACAGACAUUUCCAGAAUUUUCAAAGGACCUUGCGGGAGCCACAAGCUCUCAAAGCCUACAUCGUCAUGCGAAGGCAAUAGUAUAUGAGAACUCACGCCAUGUACCCACUCGGAUAACACAAAAACCUUUUCAAUUCUGCCGCAAAAAAUAUCCAAACACCCAUUGCACUACUAUAACACUGAAGGAAGAAGCAAUUACCCGGUUACAACCACGGAAGGCAUCUAUACUCCCAUCGGGUUAUUCUUUACCGCAAAUUCCUGAUGUAAGCACGAUUGCGGAGAAUCCAGUACCAAAGUUUACAACUUAUUUUCCUAAUGGGACCAGACAAGAUUUUCCAAGCGUUUCCUAUGAUUUCGAGACUGCAGAGCAGUCACCGUCUUUCUUUGCGUUGAAAGAUUUACGCAAGCUUCUUCCCAGAGAUGACGACUUUCGACUUCAGCAAUUCCCUCAAACAAAAGAAAACCAUCUGACAAGGGAAGAAAGCAUGUGUUCUCUAUCGUCUGCCUCCACAGCGAGAUCUGAUACACCAUCGAAGCUUGAUGGAAUCUCACCUUAUUCACAAUCCGAAUAUCACUCCUGUCAGAAUGAACUUUUGUGUCCGCUCGGAUACACGGAACACAUCUGUGCACCACAAAGCACGUCUCCCUUUUCUUAUGACGACACUACCAUGGAAUAUUACCCUUUGCAAGAUCUCUCACAAACGGCUUCAGAUAUGUCAACACUCGAAAAUAUUCCCAUCUGAAAGAAUUGAUUGUACUGCAGUAUUGGAGACAAAUACAAAGUUUUGAUCAUUAGCACUAGUAUCUAAUUGCAAUAAAGGUUA